UGGAGACAGCUCAUGUGUUUUCAUGCCUCAUGGAGCGCAAAAUGAUCGGUGCGUUACAUUGAUAUUGAACCUCUUGAAAUACGGAGUUGGGCACCGUUAGUUGUGUAAUCAGUUUCCCGCUAGUGAUUUAUUGUUAAACCAAGUCCAUAUGAACAAUUUGAUUUCCCUGAUCAUAAUAUUCCAGCUUGCUUUUGCUAUUUGGCCAGUACGAAUAUUAUCAGAGAACAAUAAUAAUUGCGGCAAAAGUUUUCAAUUCAAGCCAAACAGAAUUAUUCUGACGCAGAAAUCCAUUUCAGCUGGUGCUAAGUUCCUUAAAAAGUUGAGAGUUUCAUCAUUUAAAGAGUGCUAUUUUAUGUGCUGUAAUACAAAUGAAUGUAGUACAGCAAUUUUUGACUCAAAAGUUAAACAGGCUUGCUUUAUGUUUGACUGCCGACCUCCUGGACAGUGCUUCUACUCUAGUCAUUCCAACUAUGAUAUCAUUUAUCUUGAAGAGAUGAGUGUUAAUCAGAGUUUAAGGAAUAUGGUGGGUUUGAAUAAGCAUUGUGAUUCAAAUAAUUUGUGUGAUGGUGCUAAGACUAUAUGCUCAGAUGGCGUGUGCAUUUGUCAAUCAGGUUGGAUUGCAAAGAAAGGCAGCUGUGUUCAGUCAGUUUGUAAAUCUCCAGAACUUCAAUUCCAAUGUGAUGAUUCUUCCGCUUGUGUGGCCAUUUAUGACAAAUGUAAUGGAAUAGUUGAAUGUCCGGAUGGGUCAGAUGAAUUGUCGUGCCCUUCAAAGAUCAAUAGAAGAAAUGAGACAAAAUCGUCGUCAUCAUUAUCACAUGAUCAUAAACAAAGUGAAUUAGACGACAUUUCACUUUCCAAGCUUCAGUCAACUGAAAAUCAUCAACCACUUGAACGAUUUUAUUCGAAUCAACAGUCUUUAAGUGGUAGUAGUAGUAGUAGCAGUAGUACAACACAAGGUACAACAUCUUCAGCAUUUAUUGAUUUACAUGAUUUACCUACUGAACCAAUGAUAUUUUCUAGUCAACAAAAAUCACAUAAUGAUCGGGAACCAAUACUUGGAUCACAUUCAAUAAAGCUUGAUCAUCAAAAACAAUUAUUCGAUAUAGAUGAUAGAGAAACACCAUCAUUUCUAUUCGAUAUACAUGGUAAAAAUAAUGAAAAUAAUAAUAAUAAUGAUAAUCCAGAAGUACUUUUUUCUUCAAAUGAUAAUCCAUGGCGGUAUCCUAAAGACUUUCUUCAUGAGACAUCACGUAGUGAUGGUCCAACACAUUUGUUAUCUAGACAACAAAUAUAUCCACCUGAAAGUCGUCCACUCACACCGGAAAUAAUGAAAUCAUAUGAUGAAACAGUCUAUAAACCUAGAUUGUAUAGAAUGCCAAAUGAGAUUGAUUAUUCGCCUCAUUCACGCAGAAAUGGAUUAGCAUUUAUACCUUAUCAUCAUUAUGAUCAUUUUAUGCAGAAAUCCAAUCCAGAUGACUCACCAAUAUUUCAUCGGUAUAACAGUUUCAGUCGAAAACAACGUCCUGAAGUGAUAUUAGAUCCAAGCGUAAUCGAAGAUAUGGAGUUUUAUAACAAACUCGGUGAAACAUCUGAAUCAUCGAAGAAGUAUCCACUAUUUCAUGAACCCAAACGUAUUCACCAUGGAAGUGAGUAUGAAUAUACUCAUCAGGAAUCUAAUAUACCUAAAAAUAGACAGCAACCAUCAACUAUGGCUAAUCUACAUAUUACAACAACCGACUCAUCACAGAGUAUUAUAGCUGCGGUUAAACAAAGUCAAUCUGAGGGUCAUACAUCUGCUCUACUGUUAGCCUUUAGUCUUGGAUUAAUUUGUUGUUUUAUUGGUUUGCUUAUUGCUGAAUGGAGACGUCGUCAAAAACUUCAUCUAUGGUCAAAAUCAUCAUAUCGUUCACGUCCAGAACAGGCAAUAGUAUUCGGUGGUCGAACAAAAAUAUCCAUGUCGAGGUUGAAACCAUACCGUCGAAUAAAGAAAGGUUCUGGUAUACAUGGACAGAUAAGUAAAAAUUCUACUACUAUUCAUCCUAACACAGAAAAUGCGGAUGAAGAAAAAGCUUUAUUUGACGAUUUGGUAUUGUGAUAAUAAUAAUAAUAAUAAUAAUAAUAAUAAUAAUAAUAAUAAUAAUAAUAAUAAUAAU